AUGUCAGAAAAGACUUCUCAGAGCUUAAAGAAGCAAGAUGCUUCGUCGGUGUCUGAAGAUGACAAGUUGAACAAUCAGGAAGGUGUGAACGGUAUGAGUAUCCAAAAUUACAAAGAUGAAACGAAUCGUCAACAAUUUGAAUACAAUCAGAACAAGAAUGUCUUAUUGCGCUCCAUUCACGUAUUACAGGAUCUCUUGAGCGAGUUAAAUGAGUACGUGACCAUGCAAGGAUGCAUAUUUCAUAGCGUCUGGGGCUCUGAACGAACAAAAUCGACUUUUUCUAAUGAAACAUUUGAGCUUGAUGUUCCAAAAAUGAAUAUCUUAACUCUUGACUUGGCUUUGCAUGCUAAAUCUGAAGCUGAUGAAUUAAUCAUCGGUAGGCUUGGUUCAGAAGCCCAUGAAUCAUUACUGAAAGUGUACUUUGAAAAAGUAAAUAGGCAUCUUUUUUCUCUCUACUCAAGAGUUGAGGAUACAUCAUCGAAAGUAUUAAUAACUGGUGACUUAAAUGCAGGUAAAUCUACUCUCUGCAAUGCACUUGUUCACCGAGAUAUCCUCCCAGAAGAUCAGCAACCAUGCACAGAGGUAUUUUGUGAAGUUUUGGAUGCGGAAUUCAACGAUAAGAAAGACUGCGUCCAUGCCGUACCACAUGGUAAAACGUAUUCUUUUACGGACUCUUCCACCUAUGUGAUAUUUCCUAUUGAGGAUUUGAAAAGACUUGUAUAUGAGACAGAAAAUUGGUCAAUGCUGAAGGUUUACAUAGAUGAUGGACGGCCAGCCUAUGAAAGUUUGCUACAUAAUGGCAUCACGGACAUUGCCCUUAUUGAUGCUCCAGGUUUGAAUACUGAUUCAAUGAAAACGACUUCUGUAUUUGCUUGUCAAGAAGAAAUUGACGUUGUUGUGUUUGUGGUAAAUGCAGAGAAUCACUUUACCCUUUCAGCAACUGAAUUUUUAAAGAAUGCUUCUACAGAAAAGUCACAUAUAUUCAUUAUAAUCAACAAGUUUGAUAAUAUCAGAGACAAAGAGAGAUGCAAGCGUCUUAUUCUUGAUCAAAUUCAAAAUCUCUCACCUGAAACAUACGCUGAUGCUAAAGACUUGGUUCAUUUUGUAAGUUGUCGAGUAGCGGCGGAUUCAAGCCAAAAGGAUAACCCUAUCUAUCCAUUGUUUUAUCAAAUGGAAAAUUCCUUGCGGACUUUUGUUUUGGAAAAUCGUUCCAAAUCAAAGUUAGCGCCCGUUCGAAAGUAUCUUGUUGGAUUGCUUUUAGACUUAACUGGCAUUUGCGAUUACAAUUUAAAAUGCAUGGAUAAAGAUUUGAGUUAUCUACACAACAAAAUUUCAGAUUUAUCACCAAGGUUUCGAAGCUCAAAGCACCAGGAAUCGCAAGUUUCCCAGAAAGCCGAAGCUCUUGUGGAGUCCACUGUGCAGUCCAUUACCCAGCAUGCACACGUUCAAUUAGAAACGGCAAUUGAACAUCUCAAUUCUUUUUCCAGCGUCAAAUACUCUGGCUUUCUUUUUGCCUAUAAUUAUGGCGUUUCGGUUAGAAAUGCUAUGCAGCAAUACCUUGAGGAAACGCUGUUGGAAUCAGAAGAGUUUGCUAGAAGAAGGACAAGUGAAACUGUUCAAUAUAUUCAAGAGAAUAUGAAAGAAAAUUUCUCUGAUGCCCUGAUCCCCGUUUUUCGCUCUCACCAAAUGUUUGUACGUCGACAUCAAUUACAGCUACAAAAGCAUUUUCGCUUUGAGCUUGGAAUAUUGGACUUUAUAGAUUUGGACCUCACGGAACGACUAGGUACCUGGAGUGCAUCUGUGAGUACGAUACUUUUAGUAUUGGGCAAAACGACUCCUUCAUUCACAGUAUUUACAAGCUUGGUAGAAAAAUUCGGCCUUUCUUUCUUUGAUUUCUUCAAAACUAGAACCUUACAAAAUUUGUUGAUCCCAGUUCUAGGGUUGACUGGAAUCGCCGUCUUUGCUUAUGUGGUUUAUGAUAUUCCUAGAGCUUUACCCUUGAAAAUAUCAGAAAAAAUCAAAAACUCUCUAAGGGAGACAGAAUUCUCACAUAAUACGAGUUUAUGGAUUGGUACCGAAAGUCGAAAGGUUUUAAACGUUCCUUUGAAUGAUCUUCGCAAAAUGUUUCAGCAUCGAUGGGAUGAGCAAAAGGAGACCAUCGCAAGCACAGAAAAUGAACUUAGGAUAUGUCAAAGAGCCCAUAAAUUCUUUGCUGAGAUGAACAAGCGUUUGCAGCAAGCACAAAGGAAGACAUUGACUGUUCAUUUAGAAGGUUGUGAGAUGAAAUACUAA